GGCGUGUUGUUCACCUUAACUGCUUAUUUACGGAAACGCAAUAGUUUUGUGUUAGUGUCUAAAUUGAAAAUUAUAAAUAAAAUGUAGAGUAAAAAAAAUUGAUUUCGUUAUCAGUGGAGACGCCGCCAAAGUUAAAUCAGAAAACAGAGCACAGAGUUAAAUACAGUGACAAGAGAUACGAAACGAAUCUUUUUAUCAAUUUUAUUACGCGAGAAUUGUACAAAAGGAAAAUAAACGAAAAAAAAUCGAAAUCGGUGUGACAGACAGACAGUCAACAGUAACAACAUUGUAAGCAGCAGCAGUAGCAGAAAAACUUGAAUUGAAAGCCACAGAUAUGGAGUCUCCACCUAUGUUCAACAGCGUCGAAGAUGAAUGCCGAUAUUGGAAAGAACGUGCUAAACUUUAUCACAAAGAGUGGACAGAUGUAAAACAAGAAUACGAUGAAUAUGUAGAGCAAUCAAGACAGAUGGAAGCGGAAAUGGAUGCUACAAUCGAUCAAAAACUGGCUGUCAUUAAGGAUCUCAAAAUGAAAGUUAAUGUAUUAGAAAAAGAAAAUGAAUCAUUAAAG